AUGUUGUCCCUAUUUCUCGCAGCAGGCCUUCUUGGCCUCGCACAUGCCCAACAGGUCGGCAAAGAGCAGACCGAAACCCAUCCCAAGUUCAGCUGGAGCAAGUGUACCAGCGGCGGCAGCUGCACGAGCACCAACGCCGAGGUCGUCAUUGAUGCCAACUGGCGCUGGCUCCACGGGACCAGCGACACCACGAACUGCUAUGACGGCAACGAGUGGACAUCGGCAUGCAGCACGGCCACGGACUGCGCGUCCAAGUGUGCUCUCGAGGGCGCUGAUUACUCAAAGACCUAUGGUGCUUCGACUUCUGGCAAUGCGUUGACACUCAAGUUUGUCACCAAGCAUGAGUACGGUACCAACAUUGGUUCACGUUUCUACCUCAUGAAUGGCGAAUCAAAGUACCAGAUGUUCACACUUAUGAACAACGAGUUCGCCUUUGACGUCGAUCUCUCCACAGUCGACUGCGGUCUCAACGCUGCCCUGUACUUUGUUGCCAUGGAAGAAGAUGGAGGCAUGAAGAGUUACUCCACCAACAAGGCCGGAGCCAAGUAUGGAACCGGAUACUGCGACGCCCAAUGCGCCAGAGACCUGAAGUUCGUUGGCGGCAAGGCCAAUGUCGAAGGCUGGAAGCCAUCCACAAAUGACAAGAAUGCCGGUGUCGGACCUUUGGGUGCCUGCUGUGCCGAGAUUGAUGUUUGGGAGUCCAACUCGCACUCAUUUGCGCUCACCCCUCACGCCUGUACUGACAACAACUACCACGUCUGCGAGACCAGCAACUGUGGCGGUACAUACUCGGAGGAUCGCUUCGCUGGCAAGUGUGAUGCCAAUGGUUGCGACUAUAACCCCUACCGCAUGGGCAACCAGGAUUUCUACGGCAAGGGCAAGACUGUCGAUACAAGCAGCAAAUUCACUGUCGUCACCCAGUUCCAGACAGACAAGAUUACCCAGUUCAUGGUCCAGAACGGCAAGAAGAUUGAGAUCCCCAAGCCCACCUACGACGGCAUCUCGGACAGCAGCUCCAUUACGCCGGGCUUUUGUACCAACCAAUUCAAGGCCUUUGGCGACAGAGACCGCUUCUCCGAGGUCGGUGGGUUCCCGCAGCUCAACAAGGCUCUGCAGGUGCCCAUGGUCCUCGUCAUGUCCAUCUGGGACGACCACUAUGCCAACAUGCUCUGGCUCGACUCGACCUACCCGCCAGAGAAGGAGGGCAGUCCCGGCGCCGCCCGUGGUGACUGUGCCCAAGACUCGGGCGUCCCCUCGGAUGUCGAAUCCAAGAUUCCCGACGCCAAGGUCGUCUGGUCCAACGUUCGCUUUGGUCCCAUCGGCUCUACCGUCAAGGUCUAG